AUGUUAACUUAUUUCUAUUAUGUUUUUUUUUGCUCAGUGCUUCCAGACAUUUUGGAGAAGCUGCAGGGAUUUCUAGAACCAACACUAUCACCAGCAGCAGCACCAAGACCAGGAGCAUCAGGACCAGCACCAACACAAUCAACACCAUCAAGACCAGCACCAACACAAUCAACUCUAUCAAGACCACCAGCACCAACACAAUCAACUCUAUCAAGACCACCAGCACCAACACAAUCAACACCAUCAAGACCAGCACCAACACAAUCAGAAGCAGCAGCAUCUCCAGCACCAGCAACAGACUCUAUCAUCCCAAAAGGACUUGUGGAGCGCUGCUCCAUACAAAACCCCCAGAAGUUCAUCAAUGACUUACUUCAUGGCCUCUACACCCGAGAAUUCAUGUGUGCCCACUCAGUGACUGGCCAGACCUCCAGCAGCGGCACAGAAAAGAAACCUGGCCUCCCCCAAAAAGACCUCGUUGAAAUAACAAAUGCGGCAAAGACAAAAUUUCAACACAUCACAGACUCCAACGUCAAAGCGUUCAUCCGUCAGAAACUAAACAAUGCUGCCAAACUCAACAAAUAGAUCAACAAUACACUACCAUUUGGGGAAAUCCAUUCAUUUUCACUUUCCCUUGCGUUAAACAGUUGAGUUUAGAUCACUAUUGAC